CUUUCCCAGAUAAGCAGCUCCCGGAAACAAAGAGCGCGGGCUCUCCAGGCAUCAGCGCUUAAGCCCUGCACCAGGCUAGCGGCGUCUCAUUCCGAGGACCAGAGCUUUCCCGGCUCCACAUCUCCUCCCCAACGUCCCCCGCCUCCCGCGCUCGCUCGCUCGCUCCCUCCCGCUCGCUGCCUCCCCCACCUUCGCGGCGCUGGGAGGAAGGCGGCCGGGGCUCAAGAUGGCUUUAGCCGGGCUCUGCGCCCUGCUCGCCUGCUGCUGGGGGCCGGCGGCGGUGCUGGCCACGGCCGCGGGCGACGUGGAUCCUUCCAAGGAGCUGGAGUGCAAGCUGAAGAGCAUCACGGUGUCGGCGCUGCCUUUCCUGCGCGAGAACGACCUGAGUAUCAUGCACAGCCCCUCGGCCUCCGAGCCCAAGCUCCUCUUCUCGGUACGCAACGACUUCCCGGGAGAAAUGGUCGUGGUGGACGACCUGGAGAACACGGAGCUGCCCUACUUCGUGCUGGAGAUCUCAGGGAACACGGAGGACAUCCCUCUGGUGCGCUGGAGGCAGCAGUGGCUGGAGAAUGGCACUCUACUUUUUCACAUCCACCACCAAGACGGUGCCCCAAGCCUCCCUGGACAAGACCCAACCGAAGAACCCCAGCGUGAGUCGGCAGAAGAGGAGCUGAGAAUCCUCCACAUCUCAGUCAUGGGUGGCAUGAUAGCGCUGCUGCUGUCCAUCUUGUGCCUCGUGAUGAUCCUGUACACUCGCCGGCGCUGGUGCAAGCGCCGCCGGGUCCCCCAGCCCCAGAAGAGUGCCAGCGCUGAGGCUGCCAAUGAGAUUCACUACAUUCCUUCUGUGCUGAUCGGCGGGCACGGGCGGGAGAGUCUGCGCAAUGCCCGCGUGCAGGGCCACAACUCCAGCGGCACCCUGAGCAUCCGGGAGACACCAAUCCUGGAUGGCUACGAGUACGACAUCACUGACCUGCGCCACCACCUGCAGAGGGAGUGCAUGAACGGAGGGGAGGACUUCGCCAGCCAGGUUACCCGCACCCUCGACUCCCUGCAGGGCUGCAACGAGAAGGCAGGGAUGGACCUCACGCCAGGAAGCGACAAUGCCAAGCUGUCGCUGAUGAACAAGUAUAAAGAUAACAUCAUUGCUACCAGCCCCGUGGACUCCAACCACCAGCAGGCCACUCUGCUUUCUCACACCUCCAGUAGCCAGAGAAAGAGGAUCAACAACAAAGCAAGAGCUGGUUCCGCCUUCCUGAACCCUGAAGGGGAUUCUAGCACAGAGGCAGAAAAUGACCCCCAGCUGACCUUUUACACUGACCCCUCGCGGAGCCGAAGGCGCAGUAGAGUGGGCUCUCCCCGAAGUCCUGUGAAUAAGACCACCUUGACCUUGAUCAGCGUCACCAGCUGCGUGAUCGGCCUUGUGUGUUCCUCUCACGUCAGCUGCCCUCUCGUUGUCAAAAUCACCCUGCACGUCCCCGAGCACCUGAUCGCUGAUGGGAGCCGCUUCAUCUUGCUGGAGGGGAGCCAGCUGGAUGCCAGCGACUGGCUGAACCCUGCCCAAGUGGUUCUCUUCUCUCAGCAGAACUCCAGUGGGCCCUGGGCCAUGGACCUUUGUGCCCGGCGGCUCCUGGACCCCUGUGAACACCAGUGUGACCCCGAAACUGGGGAAUGCCUCUGCUACGAGGGUUACAUGAAGGAUCCAGUGCACAAGCAUCUUUGCAUUCGGAAUGAAUGGGGAACCAACCAAGGGCCUUGGCCUUAUACAAUAUUUCAGCGAGGCUUUGACCUGGUUUUGGGAGAACAACCUUCUGAUAAAAUAUUCAGAUUCACCUACACCCUCGGGGAGGGCAUGUGGUUGCCCCUCAGCAAGAGCUUUGUGAUUCCACCAGCUGAACUGGCCAUCAACCCCUCAGCAAAGUGUAAGACAGACAUGACAGUGAUGGAGGACGCUGUGGAGGUCAGAGAGGAGCUGAUGACCUCAUCCUCCUUUGACAGCCUGGAGGUCCUCUUAGAUUCCUUUGGACCAGUCCGUGAUUGCAGCAAGGAUAACGGGGGCUGCAGUAAGAACUUCCGUUGCAUCUCAGAUCGCAAGCUGGACUCCACUGGUUGCGUGUGCCCAUCCGGACUCAGCCCCAUGAAGGACAGCUCUGGUUGCUAUGACCGCCACAUCGGGGUGGACUGCUCUGAUGGCUUCAACGGUGGCUGUGAGCAGCUGUGUCUGCAGCAGAUGGCGCCCUUCCCGGAUGACCCCGCUGUGUACAACAUCCUCAUGUUCUGCGGGUGCAUCGAGGAUUACAAGCUUGGUGUGGAUGGACGCUCUUGCCAGCUCAUCGCAGAGACCUGUCCAGAGGGAGGUGACUGUGGGGAAAGCAGAGAGCUCCCCAUGAACCAGACCCUCUUUGGGGAGAUGUUCUUUGGUUACAACAACCAUUCCAAGGAAGUGGCUGCUGGACAGGUGCUGAAAGGAACAUUCAGGCAAAACAACUUUGCUCGAGGUUUAGACCAGCAACUGCCAGAUGGUCUUGUGGUGGCCACUGUCCCCCUGGAGAAUCAGUGCCUGGAGGAAAUCUCGGAACCAACCCCGGACCCAGACUUCUUGACUGGGAUGGUGAACUUCAGUGAGGUGUCCGGAUACCCCGUCCUGCAGCACUGGAAGGUCCGCUCUGUGUUGUACCACAUCAAACUCAAACAAGUGACCGUCUCUCAGGCCCUCAGCAAUGCUCUCCACUCCCUAGACGGGGCGACAUCUCGUGGGGAUUUUGUAGCCUUGUUGGACCAGUUUGGCAACCAUUACAUCCAGGAAGCUAUCUACGGCUUUGAGGAAUCCUGCUCUAUCUGGUACCCAAACAAGCAGGUCCAGCGGCGACUCUGGCUGGAAUACGAAGACAUCAGCAAAGGCAACUCCCCAUCCGACGAGUCAGAGGAGCGGGAAAGAGACCCCAAGGUGCUGACGUUCCCAGAAUACAUUGCCAGCUUGUCCGAGUCUGGCACCAAGCGCAUGGCGGCUGGAGUCCGCAUGGAGUGCCAGAGCAAGGGACGGUGCCCCUCGUCCUGCCCCCUGUGUCAUGUGACAUCCAGCCCCGACACCCCUGCCGAGCCAGUUCUGCUGGAGGUGACCAGAGCAGCCCCCAUCUAUGAACUGGUCACCAACAACCAGACGCAGAGGCUCUUGCUGGAGGCCACCAUGAGCUCCCUCUGGUGCUCCGGGACCGGAGAUGUCAUCGAGGACUGGUGUCGAUGUGACCCCACUGCUUUCGGAACUGAUGGACUCCCUGCCUGUGCGCCUCUCCCACAGCCUGUGCUCAGACUCUCCACGGUUCAUGAGCCCAGCAGCACCCUCGUGGUCCUGGAAUGGGAACACUCAGAGCCUCCAAUCGGGGUGCAGAUUGUAGAUUACCUCAUCCGUCAAGAAAAGGUCACUGACAGGAUGGACCACUCCAAGGUGGAGACAGAAACGGUGCUGAGCUUUGUUGACGACAUCAUCUCCGGAGCGAAGUCUCCUUGUGCGAUGCCCUCUCAGGUCCCGGACAAGCAGCUCACCACCAUCUCUCUGAUCAUACAAUGCCUGGAACCUGACACCAUCUACAUGUUCACCCUGUGGGGAGUGGACAACACAGGACGACGCUCCAGGCCAAGUGACGUGAUCGUGAAGACCCCUUGCCCAGUGGUGGAUGAUGUCAAAGCCCAAGAAAUAGCAGACAAGAUCUACAAUCUCUUCAAUGGCUAUACCAGUGGGAAGGAGCAGCAGACCGCCUACAACACGCUCCUGGAUCUGGGUUCCCCCACUCUCCAUCGAGUCCUCUACCACUAUAACCAGCAUUACGAGAGUUUUGGAGAAUUCACCUGGCGGUGUGAGGAUGAAUUAGGCCCCAGGAAAGCUGGCCUCAUCCUUUCUCAGCUUGGGGAUCUCAGCAAUUGGUGCAAUGGACUCCUUCAGGAACCCAAGAUAAGCUUGCGACGCAGCUCCCUUAAGUACCUGGGCUGCCGCUACAGCGAGAUCAAGCCCUACGGACUUGACUGGUCAGAGCUUAGCCGGGACCUUAGGAAGACGUGUGAGGAGCAGACCCUGAGCAUCCCUUACAACGAUUAUGGGGACAGCAAAGACAUCUAG